AACCCGAGGCCUGUGACUGUACGCCCCCUCAGUACCACAGGCUCACUGGGCUUCUUCUCACAGAGCCGCUGCCAACGCCCCACAAUCUGCAGGAGGCGGAGGUCCCCAUCGUGGCGAAUGAGAUCUGUCAGUGGCAAUACCGCGAUGUUAUCCAGGACGACAUGCUGUGUGCUGGGAGCAAAGGCCGGGGCACCUGCAAUGGUGACUCUGGGGGCCCCUUGGUCUGUAAAUGGAGGGAGACCUGGGUCCAGGUAGGCGUGGUGAGUUGGGGGCCCGAGUACUGUCUUCCCAACUUUCCUACAGUCUAUGCCCGAGUGACAUCCUUCUUGCCUUGGAUCCGCCAUCAUAUUCAUUCCUCUCCUUGAGCCCGGGGCCGGGCAAGGAUGCUGCCCAUGAGAUGAAGACAGGC